AUGCCGCUGGGAUAGAGAUGGCCGCAGUGAGGGCGAGGGCCGGACACGGAGGGUCUAAAGAAGAGAUCAGAGAGACAUGGUCAGGCAAGGUGGACUUCCUCCUCUCAGUCAUCGGGUUUGCCGUGGAUUUGGCAAACGUGUGGAGGUUUCCCUACCUGUGCUACAAGAACGGCGGAGGAGCGUUCUUGGUGCCCUACUGCAUCAUGCUGUUCGUGGGAGGAAUCCCCCUGUUCUACAUGGAGCUGGCCCUGGGACAGUUUCACAGGAAGGGAGCUAUAACAUGUUGGGGGAGGAUAGUUCCACUGCUCAAGGGGAUCGGCUACUCCGUGGUGCUGAUCGCCUUCUACGUGGACUUCUACUACAACGUAGUGAUCGCUUGGGCCCUCCGCUUCUUCUUUGCCUCAUUCACCAACAUGCUGCCCUGGAGCACCUGCGACAACGAAUGGAACACCCCCAACUGUCGACCGAUGGAAGUCCUGCUGUGGAAAGACGAGGAGGAAGCAACAACGAACUUAAGCAUGAUUCAAAACAGUUCCACUCUCUCCCAGAACCUCACCAAGGACAAGUCAUUGCUAACAUCAGCUUCCUCAGAGUACUUCAGCCGUGCUAUUCUGGAGCUGCAUCGCAGUCAGGGGCUACACGACCUAGGGAAUAUCAAGUGGGACAUGGCACUGUGUCUAUUCAUAGUCUACGUCAUCUGCUACUUCAGUCUUUGGAAAGGCAUCUCGACCUCGGGGAAGGUGGUGUGGUUCACUGCCCUCUUCCCCUACGCCGUGCUGCUGAUUCUUCUCAUCAGAGGCAUCACUCUACCAGGCUCCGCUGAAGGCAUUCGAUACUACCUCAGUCCUAACUUCUCAUCAAUCACAAAAGCGGAGGUGUGGGUGGAUGCAGCAACACAGGUUUUCUUCUCAUUGGGUCCAGGUUUUGGAGUUCUUCUAGCAUACGCAUCAUACAAUGAGUAUCAUAACAAUGUUUACCAAGAUGCGUUGCUGACUAGCGUUAUCAACUCCUGCACCAGUUUCGUUGCAGGUUUUGUCAUCUUUGCUGUGCUGGGCUACAUGGCACACGUGUCUCGGCAACCCAUCUCGGAGGUGGCUACGGAGGGACCAGGACUUGUGUUUAUUGUGUACCCAGCAGCUAUUGCCACCAUGCCUGGCUCCAUAUUCUGGGCUCUCAUAUUUUUCAUGAUGCUCCUAACUCUUGGACUUGACAGCUCGUUUGGUGGCUCUGAGGCAAUCAUUACUGCUCUGAGUGAUGAAUUUCCCCUCAUCGGACGCAACAGAGAGAUUUUUGUCGGGUGUUUAUUCACCCUCUACUUUUUUGUUGGCUUAGUCUCAUGUGCACAGGGUGGGUUUUACUUCUUCCACCUGCUUGACCGUUACGCAGCCGGCUACUCCAUGUUGUUUGCCGUUCUGUUUGAGGCAAUCGCAGUUUCCUGGAUCUAUGGCACACAAAGGUUCUGUGAUGAUAUCAAAGACAUGAUAGGGUUUGCCCCUGGUUACUACUGGAAAAUAUGUUGGUACGUCCUGGCUCCCGCAUUCCUCAUGUUCAUCAUAGUCUUUGGCCUGUUGGGUUAUGAGCCUUUGACUUACGAGGACUACGUUUAUCCUCAGUGGGCCAAUCUGAUAGGCUGGAUGAUAGCCUUCUCCAGCAUCCUAAUGAUCCCUUUGGUCGCUGUUAUACAGAUCAUCAUUACACCUGGCACAUUUCUGCAGCGAAUAAAAAUCCUGACAACUCCAUGGCGGGACCACCAGACAGUACUAGCAAGAACAAUGUCUAUGAAUGGAGUUCAGACCGACCCUUCACAUGUUAGGCUAACUAGUCCUCAAGCCACUGAUGAAGUGUAAACCAUUCAUGGCGGGACCACCAGACAGUACUAGCAAGAACAAUGUCUAUGAAUGGAGUUCAGACCGACCCUUCACAUGUUAGGCUAACUAGUCCUCAAGCCACUGAUCAAGUGUAAACCAUUUAGAAUAGUUGUAGGUAAUAAGCAGAUGCAUUAUCAGCUAGAUUGUGAUUUAAAGUUAAAAACCGUCAAAUACGACCAAGGUUACCUUAUCAAUUUAACGUAGCUACUUUGUAAAUUUAUUAGGAGUUGGUAGUUUAGUGUAGUAAACGUCAUAUAUUGUAAAUAAGUGUGUAUGAAGCACUUAACGGGAGAAGAGUGACUUUGAUUCUCAAGUUUUCAAGCAAAAAUUUAUGUUUAGCAUAAUAAACAUAACCAUUUAAACCAAUCCUAUAGACUAAAUGAGUGAUAACACUAUAAAGUAUGAAACAAAGGCUCUACAAACACCCAAAUUUAGAUAUACAAAAAAUAUUAUUAACAAAGAUUUUCCCACAGCGAAAAAAAAACCUUUAAGUGUAAAAGUAUCCCAAAAAAGAAACUUAAAAGUGCAUUAAUUAAUUUUUGGAUUCUUACAGCAUAUCUAAUGUUCAUUGAAUCAGAAUCGCUCUCUCUAUGAAUCUUACCCUUUUAAGAUAAUUUUUUAUUGUGACGAAGAAAACUGUUUAUAUAUAUAUAUGAUCUAUAUGAACCUGUUAACUUGAGGAUCUAUAUAUUUGCAUAGGAAUAUUGAGGAAUGUGCAUAUAGUUAAUUUAUCAAUUCAUUUAUUUAGUUAUAUUUACAAACGAAAAAAUAAGAAAAAUUGUAAAUGAUUUCUAAUCAAAAUAGGCUUGUUUAUUUUUUAAAUUAAUAUUUGUUUAUGUUUAGUGUACGCACAAACUUGCAUUAUUAACAUUACUCUUUUUCUUAGAAUAGAACAUAGAAGUAGAUAUUUAAUAUUUUAGGGUUAUUAUGACUCACGGUCUAUUAUGAUGUCAUUGAAACAUCUCCCAUGUAGUUUUGUUCAAUUUAUCGAUACAUUUGGUAUGUCUAGAUUUCUUACGAAUAACAUUACCACUGAAUAAACAAAAAAUACAAAUCUGUGAGUUGAAACACAAAACAAAAAAGAUAGCCGAUUUCAAUAUUAUUAUCCCUUUACAUUAUAAAAUGACAUGGCAAGUUGUCAAUGGUUGUUGAAAGUGUCAUUGCAGCAUAAUUUACUUUGGAAACUAAAUAUUCACCAAUUAACACAUUUCAAGUAGUUUAUAAUGACCAACAAUUAAGCGCAAAACAAUUUGAUUAUGGUGCUUUUAGUUUUGCAGCUAAUUUGUACCACAACUUUCAGACGAUGAAAUUGUAUUAACAUUCAAACGUAGUGUGAAAACAUGUUUUGUUCUUAAUAUAAUUAAUAUUUUGUGAUCCCGAAUCCCUAAUUGUUAAUCUAGUAGAACCUAAUGUAAAUUAUAAUCGCAAGAAUAUUUGUAGUAGAAUAGUAGAAUCAAGCACUAAUAAGAUAUUCUAUGAACGGUGUUAUUAAAUAUUAUGUUCUAGAUGACAAUAGUUAUUUGUGCAACUAGUGAGCAAAGGGAGCAAUUGACUCACUCGAGAGAGGAAUGGUUUCUCGAGUGAGGCAAUUGCACUUUGCACUCGAGUUGCACAUUAUAUUUUUCCUACAGUUACCAUAAAACAAAUAAAUUGGCAAAGAAACGUGACAUAUUUUUACACAGAAAUGAACUAACUUUUAAUAUAACAUUUAAUGAUACAACAGUACAACAGCUGACCAGCUGAUUUACAGCCAGUGCUGCCAAAGUAUUUCGCGCGCAUACGACCUUGUCUGCAUGCUACGCGCUCACUAUUUCGCGCCUUCAGGUUGCAAAUCUGGAGUGAGUGAGACAAAGUAAUUAGAGUGAGAUAAUGUUAUCAUUGUCUCACUGAUGAGCGAAUUGGCCACUUUGCUUUCUCAAAUCAGUGAGAGAAGUUGUACGUUGUUAGGUACCUGUAGGAAAAAUAUUUGAUUCGAUUCUGUAAAAAAGGUAUUUUUACCAGAAUAUUUAUACAAAUACUGACACUAAUUAAGGUACCGGUUCUUUAACCUUUCUUAAAUUUCCCUAAAAGACACUUUUUUAUUGAGAAAGGUGACAAAUGUUGAGAAAUUCAAUAAGUGUGAAUUAAAUAGCAUUGUACAUAUCGAUAAUGAUAAUGUAUUUUAUGCAUCACAUUCAGUGCUGUAUUAAUCCUCUCUUCAUUAUACGUUGGGUGUCAUAUAUUGUGAUUUGUAAAUAGUAUGGGAAUGUCGCUUAUAGUGUUUAAUGUCACAGUCCAAAAGUAAAAGCAAGUGUCUGAGCUGUUACAAAGAUUCAGUCUCUCAUUGCACAGUUAAUGUUUAAGUACUGUACCACCAUGUCCAGUCAGUAGAAAACAAUUAAGACAUUUUGAGUACAGAAUACAGUGUCUAAAAACCCAAAAUAAUGAGCCAAUUCCAUUUGUGAACCUAUUUGAAAUGGCUUUAACCUCUGUUGCACAAUGUCCACUGAGGGCUCAUUUGAUUAGGGUUUUUACACUAUUUACCAUCAAAUUAGCAGCUUUUAUGGACUUUGUAAAACUAAUCUGAACCUUUCUAUUUUCAACAGACCACACUGAUUGAUUUGCACAAAUUAAAGAAAGCUAUUUACCAUCCUAAACAAGGUUAUAAUCCUAACAAGGUUGCAAUUUAAUAGUGUCAAGAGCAAAAUAACGUAGCGUGAUUCAACUUUUAAAACUGAACACAGGGCAAAAUUUCCAUGAAAAUACUGUGGAUUUAUAUAUUAGGACUUGUAAACAUUUGGCUACAUCUCUUUGAGAUUAUGAUCGUUUUGACACUGUUAAAUAAUUAGAUGCAAGUAGUUAUUAAUAUUAAUAUCAAGUAGUUAUUUGUAUAGCCUGAUACCUGUUCUGAAAUAAGCAGAAGAAAAAAUAAUUCCAAAAAUGUAGGUAGUAAUAUAGAGAGUGUAUGCAUGCAUCAAGUAAUAGGUAUGUAUAAAAUGUUUUGAUUAUCGUGUUUAGUCAAUAAUCCUUGUACAGAAUCACUAAGGAAAAUUGGCUUAGUAAUGAAAUAAUCAUCAGGAGUUAUUAUCAUAAACAUAUAACUUUAGAUUAGUAUAAUUGAAUAGUCGUAUUACACUUUUAAUAUUCUUAGACUUAAGAGUACAACUUUAACCAUAGGAGAUAAGUUUACAAAUCCAAACCGGUAGUUAAUUUGUCAGAAGCUCAAAGUUAAAACUUAGGACACUACCAAUUAAACUGUGUUGAUCUUGUUUUGCCAAUGGCCUAAUAGGCUUAACUUUUUAACACAGUUUAAUUUUUUUUCUUGUACUACUCUUGACAAGCUGGUUACUUAUAAUUUAUUUACAAUGGAAAUACGUAGUUGGAUGUAGACUAAUAAUAUGAAGGAAUAAAUUUAUAAUGGUGAACUUGUAACUAUUAACUUAUGUUAGUUGUAGAGUCUAAGAUCAAUAUGUGCAACACUUCAGGUCUCAGACUCAAUGCUUUAGGGUAGAAAUGCUUUAUUAUACUGUACUCGUAAAUAACUACCUAAUCAGUAUUGUAUUUCUUGUAUGUAGAGGUUUAAGCAGCAUUUGUACAAUAGUGUAAUAUUUUGAAAUAUGUUGUGCAAUAUUAGGAAUUACAACAUUUAAAUUUUACUUUGUCGAAUUACCAGCAUUUUCAUCACAUGAUUUGUAAAUAAUAUGUCACUUAGACAAAGUAAAUAUUUAUUAGAAAACACCAAAGCAGCCAUUUGGGGUAUUCUAAAAACUAUAUUUGUCUUUGUUGUUGUGUAUUAUAUUUAUAAAAAAAUACAAUUAAUUUAUGAGUGUCA